AUGAGCUCCGGUCGUUCGCCGAUCUACGAGCCUCACUGGGAGCUACGACAGGCUGCCCAUGUGGGGCUGGUCGAGGCCCGAAAGCGCGUUGUACAUGUCCGGCUUCUGAGAGACCGCGGCCAUGCCGUCCACGCAAGGCCUCUAGAGGGGCGCGGCCGUGCCGUCAGUGUCGAAGUUGUCGAUCGCCACGAACGUGCGCUCCGUAUCGAGCAGAUCGGGGGCCGCGGGUCUGCCAUCCGUACCGUGAUGGUCUGUGUCCGCGAGUGUGCUGCUCGUGCAGGGCUGAUCGGGGACCGCGGGCGUGCUGAACUAGACGAGGUCGUCGGCAUGGCGUUGGUGCCGGGUAUGUCGGGGGCAGUCGGCAUGGCGUCGGUGCCGGGCAUGUUGGGGGAUGUCGGCAUGGAGUCGGUGACGGGCAUGUCGGGGGCAGUCGGCAUGGUGUCAGUGACGGGCAUGUCCGGGCCCGCGAUCAUGCCGCCCCAGUAG